CUGUCGCAACCCUAUGUAGGGUUCUAUUCUGCCCUAUUUCCCUUGUUCGAACGUGAAAAGCCCUAGCAGCUUGAUUCCGCCUCCUAGAUCUCGCGCUUCUUCGAGCAUCAAAUGGCGGAUUCCCCCCGGAAGAGGUACUCGCGCUCCCCAUCUCCUUAUAGGGGUCGCUCUAGAUCAAGAUCGCUGUCCAGGGGCCGGUCUCCGUCAAGGUCGCGGUCUCCCAUUCCUAGAUCUCGGACACGGUCUCGAUCUGGAAGUCGUGGCAGGGCUGAGGCUGUGAAUACUGGAAAUACUCUCUAUGUAACUGGUCUCUCCUCCAGAGUUACAGAAAGAGACCUUGAAGAUCACUUUACGAAGGAAGGAAAGGUUGUUGGAUGCCAUCUUGUUGUUGAACCCCGUACACGAGCUUCCCGCGGCUUUGCAUUUGUGACUAUGGACACCAUUGAAGAUGCGGAACGAUGCAUCAAAUAUCUCAACCAGUCUGUGUUGGAAGGCCGAUAUAUCACUGUUGAAAAAAAGACAUUGCUCAAGCUAUGUGCAGCAAAUCAAGAUGAUGAGUUCAUCGAUUUCAACUUAAAGUCAUUACAGCUUGAUGAAUGGACAGCCCUAGUCGGUUUACCAUGCAUCACAUCAACUAAACAUAGCAAAUUUCCAACUUAACAACAUCAGCUUUCACCUUCAACUCCCCACAACAACUAAUCAACGGACAUUACCAACUUUCUAGUCAAGCAUAUAUGGUAUCUUUUUAGCAUUUAUCAGAUGACUCUCCUAGCAACUAGUUAGAGCUAGUGUUUCACAGUAUUGAAUUGAUUUUUUUUAAUUCUUAAUUUGUAGUUUUUUCUCCUAACAGUUAUUCAAAAUUAUUUUAGGCAGUAAAUUAUGGUUUAGUGUCCACCAUCUCUUUUGCUAUGUUUUUGGUUGAUUGUGAGACUUGUGAAGAAUUGUGGUUCUUGCUUUCUUUUUUUUUUC